AUGGCGAAACAACAACUCCGCUCUAGAGGUGGGUGCCGGGAAUGUCGUCGCAUGCACCGGAAAUGCUCCGAGCAUCGGCCAAGCUGCGAAUAUUGCUCGAGUACGGGGAAAGAGUGUUCCUACGACAAGGCCCUUCGAUGGGGCGGACGGUCCUUUAAGAAAUCUUGUUUCGGUCAGGUCCUGUCCUCUGGCGCCGUGGUCAAGCAAUCUCACAACACCACCACCGCCGCCUCCUCCAAUGCCUCCUAUUCUAAUUCCUUCGUCUACGGGCCUGGCAACGGUCAGACCAGUACGCGAAUAGCAACCGCCCCAUCUCUUCUCGAAAAUACACCAUUGUCGGAAUCCUCGGUCGUGACAGAAGGCGGUCUUGUCGAUUCCCCCUCGUCGUUCAGCGACUUCAGUCAUGACCCGACGACCAUCGCCCCCUCCGACAGUACGCAUGACGCCUCACCUGGAGGACUCUCCAUCACGAGUCCAUCGGCGUUUACAACAGCAACCUCCAAUGACCUUGGCCGUGACCACGAUGCCGACGUCGAGCUCUUGCCUUACCCAGCCACGCCUGACUCGACCGAUGAGAGGUCGUGUUCGGACCUGGUGAUCGACUUUGGCCUGCAAAAGACAAGCAGUCCUAUCGACGUCAUUUUGAACCCCGAUUGGCUCCCGUGGCUCUCAAAUGUCGAUCGCUCGCUACUGAAUCACUUCACGUUGACGGUGUCGAGCUACCUGUCGCUUCACCACGCUAUGCAGAAUGAUUUUUGUACAGUGUUACUACCCAUGGCACUCGACACGUCACACGGGACGCACCUUCUGUCUGCGAUCCUCGGCCUGGCGGCCAUUCAUCAGAUCUCUCUCGGUUCUUACAACGAUGAGGCAUAUCUUGCUCAGCUUCGAUAUACCAGUCUCCAGCAGCUCCGACUGCAAAGCGUAGGUCAGAACGCGGCGGUCGACGAACAGUCCAUCGCGACGGCUUUGACCUUGUGUCUGUGUGACAUCCUCGCGGGAGGAGAGAAGCCCAAGUCGUGGAGAUUACACCUCCAGGGUGCUGCGACGAUGAUCAGGAACUACUUCACCAUGCACCCGCCAGAUUCCGGAAACAUUUUGGUGCUCUGGAGGUGGUGGAAGUCGAUGCAAUCGUUGUCCAUCCUAUUGGGAAACCCGACUCCCAGACUCAAUGAGAAGCCCGUGUUGACCUUGACUCCCGCUGGUGCCAGCGACUACAUUGACAUUUACGACGGCUUCUCGACGAAGCUACCUCCCGUCUUUGAAGAGCUUGACAUGCUCCACGCCGAAAGUCAGGCGCUGGAGAGAUUGGAAGUCAAGCUGGGUGAAGACGGAGCUGUCGAGAUAUUGCGAAAUGCACACUCGACGAGAUGCGAAGCGCUCCUCGCGAAGAUUGGUGGGAUGAUUGACAAUCCCGUCACGGAACUCGACCCGGCCAGCUCCGCCGACACCCAACCCGAACCCGCGUCGGAUUAUUUCUCCCUCAACGAGGCGUACCAUCUCGCCGUGAUGCUGCAGGUCUACCAGAGGGCCAUGAACGUCAGCGUCUCGGAUGACAGGGUGCAAGAUUUGGUGGAAAGGGGGAUAAAAUGCCUGAGUGGGAUCACCAUUUACGAAUUCGCGAGUCCGGGAGUCGCGACGUUACAACCUCUGUUCAUCUUCGGAUGCGCAUCGCUACGGGACCAAGACAAACAGUUCGUCAUGGGUUGGAUCGACAGGAUGAGAACGACUUAUUCGCUCCGCAACACCGAUUCCGCCCGGGAUUUCUUGUUGGAACUUUGGAGAAAGAGGGAUUCCAUGGGUUCGACGGGAGCUCAAUAUCAGUAUCAUCAAUUGUUGUCCGAGAAAGAUUGGGACCUGUCGCUGUGGUGA